UAAAUGUAUAAUUUUUAAAAAAUUAUUAUUAUAAAAUAAGAAAAAAAUAUCAGUAAUAUUGCAUAUUUUAUGGAAAAAUGUCUUGUUUUGCAACUGAAACCAAUGCUGCAAAUAUAUUUGUCAUCCUAAAUUCAAACUAUAAAUAAUGUACAGAAGUGUGUAAUCAACUUUAAACCUUUCCCGUUUUCCAUUACUGUGCAUUACUCUGUGCAUAAUAGUGAAACAAAAGCUAUGUGCAAGAUGUUAAGCAAACCAGUUUUCCAAGUAACCCAAGUUCUCCAUGCACCGUUGUGGACGCUACAUACUUGCUUGGCAGUCACUAAUCCGCCUCAUUCCUCGUGUACCAGCUGGUGCAUCUGCUGCAGGCCUACGAGAAAAGCUGCCACAGACAGCCCGCAUGCUCUGGUGUUUACGAUAUGAGAGGUGGACAUGCCAAAAGAAAAGUAAAAGAACAGCCCACUAAUGGAUAACCCCACCCCUCAGCUUGAUGUCUUGUGAUACAAGAGUGGACCAGAAAGAUUGUAGGCAACCGCCAUGGAGGACACCCAGCAGAAAGCUGCAAACCCGGACCUGAGUCCUGCACCCAGUCCAGUGCCUAGUCCAGCUCCCAGCCCACUAUUGGACAGAAUUCCUUUGCCUGUGCCAAACCAUGUGGAGCACCUAAAUGUGAACCAGAUCCAGGUGGUGGUACGUCGCUGCUCAAGUCCAAAUGUAACAGAGGAGACCACUUAUUUUAUUCCUCGUAACCCCGUAGUGGACGCCGGUACCAACACAGAUCCACCAGUGGUCUGUUGUCCUUUGCUGCGAAGAUUUUGCCCCUGUCCGCCAAGAGGCUUUCUCGCCUCCCUCAUUACCAAAGUUCUUUUGGCAGUUGUGCUCUUUGGAGUGGUUUGGUCAAUCACAGAGGACGAAUGUCUCCCAGGAGGAAACCUCUUUGGCAUUACAAUACUCUUCAUCUGUGCAGUUGUUGGUGGAAAAUUGGUGUCUCUCAUUCGUCUGCCCAAACUUCCACCUUUCCCACCACUCCUUGGUAUGCUGCUCAUGGGAUUCCUGCUGAGGAACAUUCCAGUUGUUACAGAUGGGGUGUACAUUGACUUCAAAUGGUCUGCAUCUCUCAGGAACAUUGCUCUGGCUGUCAUUCUGGCCAGAGCUGGUCUAGGGUUGGAUCCCACGGCUCUAAGGAAACUAAAAGCUGUGUGUAUACGUGUGGCAGCUGGGCCGUGCUCGAUAGAGGCUUGCACCGUAGCUGUGAUCUCUCACUUCCUCAUGGGCUUGCCCUGGGUGUGGGGCUUCAUCCUUGGCUUCGUGCUAGGAGCUGUGUCUCCAGCAGUGGUGGUUCCCUCCAUGCUCCUGCUGCAGAAGGACGGUUACGGUGUAGAGAAGGGCAUCCCCACCCUGCUGAUGGCUGCAGGCAGCUUUGAUGACAUUCUUGCGAUCACAGGAUUCACAACAUGCUUGGGCAUGGCCUUUGCCACAGGUUCAACUUGGUACAACCUCCUCAGGGGGGUGCUGGAGGUGGCAGGAGGGAUGGUUGCUGGGAUUCUUCUUGGUUUUCUCAUCCAGUACUUCCCUAGUGUUGACCAGAAACACUUGGUGAUGAAGCGUUCCUUCUUGGUGCUGGGUCUGUCUGUUUUUGCUGUGUUUGGCAGCGGUGUGGCAGGCUUUCCUGGCUCCGGAGGCCUGUGCACCUUGGUGCUGGCAUUCCUGGCUGGCCUCGGCUGGGGGACAGAAAAGGCACGUGUGGAAGAAGUGAUAGGGUGGGCGUGGGAUGUGUUUCAGCCUCUUCUCUUUGGACUGAUAGGAGCUGAGAUUCGAGUCUCUGAGUUGGAGGGACACACAGUUGGUCUGGGUAUCGUCUCUCUCCUCAUUGGUCUGCUGGUUAGAGUGGGGUUCACCUUCGUCUGUGUGUUGUUUGCGGGCUUUAGCAUAAAGGAAAAAGUGUUCAUAGCCCUAGCAUGGAUGCCUAAAGCAACAGUGCAGGCAGCUAUAGGAUCCACAGCUUUGGACAUGGCGAGGACAAAGGAUGACAAGCAGCUGCAGAAAUACGGCAUGGACGUGCUGACUGUGGCUGUGCUCGCCAUCCUUCUCACAGCCCCUGUAGGCGCACUUAUCAUAGGGCUGUGUGGCCCUCGCCUGCUGCAAAAGCCAGAGAACCCAGUCAGCGGUGAGCGAGUCAAACCCAGUUUAUCAGCUUUCUUCCUAGGCACUGCAGCAGGAGAUCAAGAUGACAAUGAAACUCCCGUCACCUAUGAAAGUACACUCUGAUGUCAAGUGUGAGAGAGGAGAAUUAAAGAAACUCCUCACACCUCAGAUAUUUGAACUUCUCUUUGGCCACCGAGUGGCCCUCGCUGUGUCUCUGUUGUUCAGCUCUCUGUGUUCGCAGUCCUGCAGGAACACGUGAAUCAUUUUGUAUUUAUAGCAUCUGGUGAUUUCCAGGCCUAACACUGCAAACAAAUGACCCACAUUGCACUGUCUGGAAAAAAAAUCAUAUUGUUUUCAAGGUAUAGAAAUGGUUUAUACUUUUAAAAGGAUCUUGUCAUAUUCACUAAAUCCAGAAUUUUUCCACUGUUCUUGAUUGGAUUACCAGUAAGAAAGCACUUUACUUUGACUUGAAAGGUCAAAGUAAAGCAGCUUUCUUCGUGGGGGACAGAGAACGUUUUGGGAUGUUGUUGAUAAGCAAUUUUUAUUGCUAUGAGUAGACUACACUGUAAAACCACAUGCAAGUUUUAGGCAUCCUACAUCUUCAUGCUGUGUUUGUUUACUUUGAUUUGUGUAUGCAUAUUAGCCCUCUGUCAGUAUGGUGAGAUCAGUUGCGUAGUUUGCAAAGAGUCAGGGAAGGAUUUGUGUAAUUGAUAAUAUUUUAGUUUAAGUACGAUGCUGCUAAAUGUCAGCCAGUGUGAUCAUGUCCAUAUCUGCAAAACUGUAUGAAUCCAACAUUUUAUAAUUGAAGAAGAAAUAUAGAUUUUUCAGUAUUCUUAGUUUUUUUUUUAAUUGCAGAAUGUAUCUGGUGCAACAUGAAAUGUCUUUUGCUUUAAUUUAUAUGACCUCACUUAAAAGAUUUCAUAAUAGCAGCUAUUUAUGAUUUUUUUUUUCCAUUUUACCCAAAUACUAUGUAAAAGUAAAUUUAUUGUCCAUCUUUAACAUUGCUGCAGUAAAAGCUUAAAUUAUU